UGCACUCCCCGGGCGCAGUCGCGCCUUCCCCGCGCGCCCGUCCGCACGCGGCUCCUGGUGAUGCGCGUCCCGGUGCGCCGAUCUCCACGCCGAUUCGCGCAGUGCGAGCCAGCCGACCGAUCGGUCCGAGUCGCCACCUCCCCGUCCAUCUCGUUCACAUGCAGCACCUAGGGGCCGUAGCAGCGAUCAUGGACCUGGACGGCAAGCUCCGCGAGACGAGUCGCUGAGUAGGAGCCCCGCUGGAGUCGCUGACGAGCAGCCUCGCAUCCCAGCAGCGUCCGUCAUUCUAAGCGCGAGCCGCGCGCUAAUAUGCGGCUUUGUCGUUAUCCAGCGCGGACUUCUUAUCACGCCGCUGGCCUCCUCCCGAUAACAGUCGCAACGCCCUCUCGCACGCACUCGCCGGAGCCCUCACCUUGUGCAGCCUCGUGGCCCUCGCGCGGCCGUAGCCGAGCCGUUGCGCGCCCCGGAGGACGGAGGCCCCUCGUCGAGGCGCCCACUGGACCAAGCCGAGCAACCUCCUCCAUUCCUGGCCCGUGAGGAAGGAGGCCACCUCGUCGCCGUCCCCGAGCACAUGGGAGAGCUUCGCUGGACGUAGCCGGUCGAGCCGGAAACCCGCCCGGAGCCAUGGUUAUAGUCGUCGAUGCGGGCCAGGACGGGAGCCGCCCUCGCUCCCACGGCUCCUACUUUCAGGUGAACGCGCUCCUGGCGUCGCUGCUCCUUGGCUUGGCGCUGGCCUCGCGCCCCGGCACCUGGAUUCACUCGGGUCUUCGGGGCGUCGCCUUGCCGGAGUCGGCGUCGUUGGGUCCCGAGGCCGCGGGCUUCUGCGCGGCACUGAAGGGCCUGUCCCAGGGCCAGGAGAAACUCUGUCAGCUGUCGCACGACCAUAUGCCAAGCGUCGCCCGGGGCGCCAAGGCCGGCAUCCACGAGUGCCAGCACCAGUUCAGGCAUCGUCGCUGGAACUGCUCGACCCUCGACGACGAGACCGUGUUCGGACCGGUCCUCGACGUGGCGAGCCGGGAGACGGCGUUCGUGCACGCGAUUACGGCCGCCGGGGUCGUGUACUCCCUCGGCCGCGCCUGCCGCGACGGCCAGCUAUCUUCGUGCGGCUGCUCCAGGAGCGGCCGGCCCAAGGACCUCAACCGAGAGUGGAUAUGGGGCGGCUGCGGUGACAAUCUCGAGUACGGAUACAAGUUCGCCCAGUCGUUCGUCGAUGUGCGGGAACGCGAGCGCAGCUACAAGAGGCGCAGCCGCGAGCACGGAAGGAGCCUGAUGAACCUGCACAACAACGAGGCCGGGCGCAGGGCGAUCAUCAAGCGCUCCAAGGUCACGUGCAAGUGCCACGGCGUCUCCGGGAGCUGCAGUCUCAUCACCUGCUGGCAGCAGCUCGCCUCCUUCAGGGAGAUAGGGGACUACCUUUUGGACAAAUACGAUGGAGCGACGGAAGUUAAGGUGAACAGAAGAGGCCGCCUAUCGAUCAGGGAUCCACGAUAUUCUCUGCCCACGGCCAACGAUUUGGUUUACUUAGACGACUCGCCCAACUAUUGCUUCGCCAAUGCUUCCUUGGGCUCCUUAGGUACCCGCGGCCGAACAUGCAACCGAACCUCCUCAGGCAUCGACGGCUGCAAUCUUCUGUGCUGUGGCCGCGGCUAUAACACCCAGAAGAGUACGCUCAACGAGAGAUGCGACUGUAAGUUCCACUGGUGCUGUCACGUCCAGUGCAGCACUUGCAGCAAGAGCGUGGACGUCCACACGUGCAAAUGAGCUGCUUACGAUGCGGGACGCCACGCGGGAUUAAUUUAUUCGAUCAGUCUUUGUUUGGUGUCGAUGAGCGCGGUUCCACCACCUCCACCAUCUCCUCCACCUCCUC